AUGGACUUGCGUACGGCGCUGAACGCCAUGGACGACGACUACCACUACCAUGAUGAACCAGAAGUGCCCACCCAAACGGAGACCGUGGACGUGUAUUUGCUGCGACCCGAGGAGCCGCGCGAGAUCGAGCUCAAAGACUUCACCAUCAUGAAGCCAAAGAACAACAGAAUGCACCGACUUGUGCGCUUCUACCCGCGCUGCCAGAUUUCCUACCGAGCCACGCUACCGGCCGAGGAGAAGUCGGUGAUGUCCCCCGGCGGCACCGUCACGACUACGAUGCUGCCGGAGCGUCUGCCACGCCACAACGGCGGCUUCAGCAACCCCAGUCGCAAUGCAGAGAUCUUCCGACUCAAGCGGGAGCUGCUGAAGGAGUACUACGCUUCGAUACAGGAGGACGACCGAGAAGCUGCCAUGUUCGACGCGCUCAUCGGCCGGAGCGCGCAUCCAGCUCAGCAGCCCAGCUGGGCAGACAGUAGCAAUUAUGCUGACCGUUCCGAGGUGAGAAGCUUCCCUCCUGCGCCUCCACGUGUACGUAGGCCGCUGCCAAAGUACAAACCUAUGAAGGUGGGAGGCGAAGACUUCGUCCCACUGACGGGAGAUAAACCAGGAAGCUUGACGCUUGACGAGCGUGUCAAGUAUAUUUCGUCACUUUGGCCAGGUCUAGCGCCUGUAGACGAUGAUGGAGAUAUAAUGGAUUACUAUGGAAUUGAAGUUCAGAUCAUCUCUGAGGAAGAGAGGGAGAAAGACUUGGCUGCGAUGGAGGAGAAUGACGCGAAGCCAACAAAUGCAGCGGCGACGACGACAGUGACUGCGCUGGAGUCGGCUGCUAUAGACACAGAGACGAAAGAGGAAGAAGCUGCGGCCAGCAGCUCCGAAACUACAGCCCCGUCCUCUCCUGAGCUGUCGGUGGAAACGCGAAGCUCUGCACUGCAGAAACUGAAGGAGGCAGCAGCAGAAGAUGACGACGAGAUCAAACCGAAUCCCAUCGCGACAAAGCAAGAUGACUGGGUGCAGUGCGACAAAUGCCAAAAGUGGCGUCGACUUCCGAACCAAGUUAACGUGUCGGAGCUGCCGACUGUUUGGUAUUGCAAAAUGAAUAAAUGGGACAAACGACACAAUAAAUGCUCGGCACCAGAAGAGAAGCUUGUGGUGCUCAUGAACGGACCAGAUUUGAUGGAGUACCGUCAGCGCAAGUUUGCACAGGAUUUUAUUCAGCGCUGCAGGCGUCUGGAUAAAUUGUCGUAUCAUUACAAGUACACGCACUCUCACGACGAUGAUGGCGAACGCAAAUUCGUGCAAUGCACGGAAUGCCUGAAACUGCGUCCACUACUUGGUGGCAUGGAUCCGAACAAGGUGGCGGAGCCUUUCGCUUGCUGGAUGAACUGGGACGAGCUCUUGGCGAGUUGCUCGGCACCGGAAGGUCCGCUAUACCCCCGAGAGAAAUCGCGGGGCGGUGGGAAUGGGACAAACUACUUGGCUAAUACAGUUGGUGACGACUGGAAGGGAAGCAAUGCAGCCAGCGAACCCAAUGCAGGAGGCGGUGGUCGUACUGGUAACAAGCCUGGUCGAAAAGGAAAACGCAAGGCGGAGAAAGGCUUGAGUGGCAGGACGAUGAAGACCAAGAGAAGAACAGCAGCAUGA